GAGUGUGUGUGAGUGUGUGUGUGAGUGUGAGUGUCUGUGUGUGUGUGAGAGAGAGUGAGUGUGUGUGUGUGUGUGUGUGUGUGUGUGUGACUUGUAUAAAAGUCUCUUCUCACUGAACCUCACUCAGACUUCAGAGAGCAGAGAGUUCUUGUUUCAGUUCCUCUUCUUCUCUUUUAUUAUUAUUAAUAUCCAUAGUAUUAAUUUCCUUGAAGAUAUUUCUGAAAGAAAGAAAGUGAAGUUAGUUGCUUCUUCCGUCCGGACCUCCACGAUGUUCCCCUGCAGCGCGCUGCCGCCGCCUCUCUACCCGGGCCUGCUGCCUCGUCCCCCCGCGGCGCUCUCCCUGCGCCCGGGCUUCCUGGUGGAGGACCUCCUCCGCCUGGGUCAGCCCGUCAGCUACGACCUCCAGCCCCGGACCCUCUCCUCCGGGGGCCCGGGGGCCGCUCUCCCGCUCGGCCCCCGGGUCCCGGGCCCCUGCGGCUCCCCGCGGACCGCCUGCCCGGACCCGGGCUACCUGAAGUUCGGCGUCAACGCGAUCCUGGCCCCGUCCACACGGAGCGUCCAGAGUUUUCAGAACAAGUCUUUCCCUCUGCCGUUCUUCGACGGAGCUCUUCAUCCGUUCAUCAGGGCCACGUACUUCACAGCCUCCUCCUCUGUGAUUCCCGUCCCGGGAACCUUCUCGUGGCCGCUGGCCCCCAGGGGGAAGCCCCGGAGAGGCAUGCUGCGGCGGGCCGUGUUCUCCGACCUCCAGCGGAAGGCGCUGGAGAGAACGUUCCAGAAGCAGAAGUACAUCAGCAAACCGGACCGGAAGAAACUCGCCGGGAAACUGGGCCUCAAAGAUUCGCAGGUGAAGAUCUGGUUUCAGAACCGCAGGAUGAAGUGGAGGAACUCCAAGGAGCGGGAGCUGCUGUCCACGGGCGGCUGCCGGCAGCAGACCCUCCCCACCAAGACCAACCCGCACCCGGACCUCACCGACGUGGGCAGCGGCCACGGGCCGGACAGGCCGGCGCCCGCUGGCCGAGAGCAGCUGGACAACCAGCAGUCACAUCUUCACCACCACCACCAUCAUCACCAUCGUCGUCGUCAUCAUCAUCAUCAUCACAAUGCUUCGUCUCCGUCAGACUCCAGCAAACAGUCGGAGCUGUCGGAGUCCGACGGCGAAGAGAUCACCGUUUCCUAAGAGUUCGGUCGAAGAUUAAAACUGUGAAGAGAAACUGUCGACGCAGAAGAAAAAACAUGUCUUUCGUUCAAAGCUGGUGAGAGGAAGUGAAUUCCAGCUGUUACACCUCGUGCCAUGUUCCUGUACAGUGUCUUUAUAUCACAUUUCUAUGUGCCUCAGUGUAUCUAUAUAUAAAUAUACAGUAAAUAAGGUUUUAGAUUUUAAUAUUUGUAGAUUGAAAUUUUUUAACAAAUUGUUCUUUCCGUGUAUAUUUGUAACAUUUAUAUUUUCUCAAAUAAAUCUUACAAAAGUGUCAAGUGGUGUCGACGUUCAGUGUCUCACUGAUCUUAAAGAUACUGAAGCGUUAGAAUUAUAUACUAUAUUUACAUUUUACGUCAAAUAAAUUACGUUCAUUUUCUUCAUUCAA